AUGUCAAAUAAUCCAACGGCUCCCGGAUACCAAGCCCCAGCAUAUCGUCCAUCUGUUAAUACCAAUGCGUAUGCGAUGCCUCAUCCGGGUCAGCCACCUCAGAACCAAAACGACCCACAGAGAAAUCCCUCGGUAAACGUGCCACAACGACAAAGCAUGUAUCCUGGAGGAUUCGCCGUUCCAAACGCUCCAAGACCAUACCAGCAGCAACCAUCUACGUACAACCAGAAUCCCAAUGCUCAGAUUGCACCAAGAAUUAACACUCAAGUGCAAAAUUCUCAAUAUUAUGAUCGUAACAAUAACGGUCCCCGAAAUUCAAUUAUGAUGUCCCCAAAUACUUAUUCCACUCAAUAUCAGCCAACCCCACUCCCUUAUAAUCAAAAUAGUUCUUACUUUCCUCCCCAACAGGUUAUGUCACAAGUGGACCUUCAACGUAAAUUUUAUGGAACAUGUCACGGAUGCAAACAACCAAACACUGACUUUGCCUCAUGUCAGGCAUGCAAUCAAUGGCUUGCACAUAUGGAAUCCAUUAUAAACGAGCGUAAAGCAUUGAUCCAAAAACAAUAUUGUGAGCUGUGUAGAUUACCAAAGCACGUUCACCAUCAGAUUGCCGCAUGUGGUAAAUGCGGAUUUCCGAGAUCCAAUGUAGACGAAUUGUCAAAGGUAGCCAUCAAGAAGGAACAGUCAGAUACUAUCUUUGAGGAUCUCAAGAUCAGGGAACAAUUGGGAUUUGUUUGCACGAAUUGCAAUCAAAGUUUAGAAGGGUUCUUAAAAUGCCCUACAUAUGGUGAAAUUGCUACACGCAUGAGGAAGGAACGAGAACAAGUGGCGUAUGAAGAUCCAAACUUCAUAAAAUUGUCCGAGAUUGUGAAGGAAUACUCUGAAAAGGAAAAGAAAUUGAAACCCCCAAUCCAGAAAUCUACAAAACCAAACCUCUCGGGUGAUCCCAAUGAUAAAAUUAAAGAGUUGACCAACAUGACAAAAGAAUUACAUAUCGACGGCCUAAAUAACCAGAAUAAUCAAGGCAAUUACACCUAUGGAACAUAUGGUUAUGGAGGUCCCCCGACACAUAUCCGUUAA